AUGUCUAGCUCACACGAACAGAACCGUCGACCGUAUCGACAUGGCGACCAGCCCGAACUCCCCGUUGCCGGCAUCCGGUACUAUCCCGACCACCCCUUGAUGAGAGAGUUGGAAAAUGCUUGUACUAAGGGCGACACAGCACUCGGGGAGGUUGAGAGAAUAGUAUCAGCAUGGCAAAACAUGCCGCAGCCUUCCCCGCCGCGCGGCCCGGAUCACUAUCCCCUAGGCACCCUCGAGCCCAUCCUGUAUCAAGCUAUACGACUGGACCGUGCAGACGUAGUGGCCUAUCUUCUCACCCAAGGCAUCAAAAUGUGUCGUCUCGCCGUGUGGGAGGCCGUGUCAAGCAAGUCAUCACCAGGAACGUGGCAGGCUCUCCUCGACCAUGGACUCGACAUCAACGCUCCUCUAAACAACUCCUCCGAUCCACCCCCUCUCGCGUUCGUUCUGCACGACGAGAACCUCACACGCUGGUUCCUCGCCCACGGCGCAGACCCCAACGCCGAGGCCCGCUGGGGCCUGACCCCGUUCCUCAAAGCCGUCAGCGACGCCGACACACCCCUGAGCACGGUUCAGCUGCUACACGCAUCGGGAGGCAACGCCGCCAACGCAGUCCCCUUCGUCUGCUCGGCUGCCGACGAUCUCGAGUCCGGGACGAGUUCCGCGGAUGACUUCGCCGGCGGCGGGGGGCCGGGGGGCCGCAACGUGGCCGUGCUGCGCUUCCUCCUCGACGCGGGCGCCGACCCGGAGGCGCGCAAAUGGGCGCACAACAGCCGCGGCUACGCGAGCGACUUCGACUGGGGCUCUGGGCUCAACAUCGCCCUGGCCAGCCGCAGGGAGCGUAUGGCCGAGGAGCUUCUCCGCCGGGGCGCACGUACAGAUAGCAAGACUUUGAACUUGGCGUCGAGGGGGGAGACAGCGCUGGAGCUGGCGGCGCAGUAUGCACCGAAGCUGCUGCCGCUGGUGGAGGAGUGUAGGAGGCGGGAAGCGGACGCGGUUCAACUUGGAGCCAGUGCUGCAGAAACGUAG